AUGACAGAGCCACCUGGCCCACCAGAGUCUAUCACAGCUGCUGACAGCACAGCCAACUCCGUCACACUCAAGUGGAAACCACCGAAGACAGAUGGAGGACUGCCCAUCAAGGAAUACAUUGUGGAACGUCGGGACAAGAAGUAUGGAUCAUGGAUCAAGCAGGAUGUCACUCGUGGCUCAGUCCUCACCCUCGAGGUCACCAGGCUGACCGAGGGCACACCAUACUUCUUCCGUGUCUUUGCUGAGAAUGAGGAGGGUAUAGGAGCUCCUUGUGAGAUGACUGAACCAGUCAUACCAAUGCGAGAGCCAAAGCCCCCUGGUGUUCCAAUUGGACCAAUCAAAUUCCGUGACAUCGGAGAAGACUUUGUGACACUGGAUUGGCAUCCACCCAAAGAUCCUGGUGGCAUCCCCAUCAUUGGCUACAAGGUGGACGUAACUCGGGACCUCGAUACCUGGACCGAGGUGGCUACAACAGACUGUGGCAUCACUUCAGUCAAAGCUAAGGAGCUGGUACCAAACAAGAAGCACUACUUCAGGGUGUUUGCCAUCAACCGUAUUGGCAACAGCAAACCCCUGGAGUCAGAACCUGUAGUGCCUCACAGGCCCCCAGGUGCACCAGGCAAGCCAGUCGGUCCAAUUGAAGCUAUGGAUAUUGAAAGAGAGGCAGUGACCUUGACCUGGAAUCCACCAGAGGAUGAUGGUGGUAGUGAGAUCACACACUACCUGCUGGAGAAGCGGGAUGUGAUGAGAGCUCAUUGGUCGCACGCUGAGAAGACAUCUAGCCCCACAUGCAAGGCCAAGGUGAAGAAUCUGACAGAAGGAACCGAGUUCUACUUCCGUGUCAUGGCUGUCAACAAGAUGGCAGCUGGCAUUCCUCUUGAGAGCAGACCCAUCUUAGUCAAGAGUCCAUUUGAUGUACCAUCUCCACCUGUUGGUCCUCUGGCCAUUUCCAACGUCACUGACUCAACUGCUGACCUUGAAUGGAAACCAUCAGAAGAUGAUGGCGGAUCACCAAUCCUCCAUUACGCAUCGAAAUCCGUGAAUCAAGACGUAGUAUAUGGGGACGUGCAGGUGCAGUAGAUGCCAAAACGUUCACCUUCACCGCCAAGAACCUGGUGGUCAACAAUGAGUACUUCUUCCGUGUCCGAGCGGUCAAUGCUGAAGGAGAGAGUCUGCCUCUAGAGGGUAUUGACUCAGUCACUCCAAGCAAGAAGAAAGAUGUACCAGAAGCUCCAGCAUACAUCUACCCCGGCCGUGUCUCUGACUCCUCAGUCACUAUUGACUGGAAGGCUCCUCUCAAAGAUGGUGGUUCCCGCAUCAAGCAGUACCACGUG